AUGAAGCUUUGUGUUGUUUUGUCCUUCAUCGUUGCUGUUGGAAUUACCGGCGUAACUGCGCAUGUAGCGGACGACACCGAUGACACGGAGCUCUUCGCUCGUACAUGGGGAACCGGGAAGUGGACGAUGGACGACGAUCUCUACCACAGGACCGUCAAGCCGCAUUUCUUGUCUGUUUUCAAAGGGAUGCCCAGCUUCACCGGUCUGUGCGGCUCAAACCCCGACUUUUUCAUCGAGAAAGACGGGACCGUCUACCCGAGUGCUGUGGAAAGCAAGGCAAAGAAGCUGGGGAAAUGCACCAAGUCUAAAUACAACGCUGAUAUGAGCGAGUACCUUACGGAGCUGUUGCAACACAACGAAUAG